AGGUUUAUUGGAACAGAGGUUCAAGAUACAUAUGAAUUUAUUUGUUGCUUUAUCAUUACAAAUGUUCAUUAAAUUAAUUUUAAAUAUUGAUAAACUGGACUUAUUUAAAACUAAAAAAUACCGUUCAAAUGUAACUUGUCUUGUGGACUGUAACAACCAAAUACGUUUAGUAAAAGAUGAAGACAAUUGGUUUUUUGGAAUUAUGUACACGCCAAUAAUUUGUGAGGGUAUUCUAGUCAUAUUGGAGUGGUCUAAAACUGCUAGUUUUAUGUGGAUGUACAACGAAGGAGUAUAUCUGUAUAGAAUAAUAAAAUCCAGAGUUUUAAGAAUAAACUCAAUAAAUUUUCGAAUGUAUCUAUUUGGUUGGGGUGUACCAGCUUUGAUGACAUCUGUAUGGUUGUUGGUAACAAUGGUUUACUACAAAAAGUCAUCUAGUGUCUGUUGGUGGGGCUACAGCUUGUUACCAUUUUUUUGGAUUCUUGAAGGACCCCGCUUGAUCAUUAUCGUAGUAAAUUUCAUAAUAUUAAUUAUUGUAUUGAGAGAGUUGUUGAAGAAAAUUAAAUCAAAAUUAUCACCGUCAAACGAGUUGGAUAUCAUAAGAAAAGUAUCCAAAGCAGCCAUAGCUCUUGUCCCUUUACUUGGGAUUACAAACUUUAUAUUAGUUAUAUUACCUGAACCGCAUUCAAAAAGUCCUGAAUUAUUUGCUUUCUGGUCAUAUUCCGCACAUAUAUUACACUCGUUCCAGGGCUUAAUGGUGUCGAUAUUAUAUUGUUUUAUGAAUAAAGAAAUUAAAAAGUCGUUUGAUAAACGAAUGAUGCUUCAAAAAUCACGACGAAAUUUUGAGAUGGAAAUGACAUAAUUUAUUUAAAACUUAGACUAUCAUAAUAUUUUUUAUAAAUAUAAUUCAAUUUUUUUAUGAAUAAUACUAUGUGUCUACAUUAUAUAUUUGGU